AUUAGAAUGAUUGUCUAUUGAAAGUUUAUCUACGUUAUCGGAUUAUUUUUGAGUUUAGUUUCAGAAAUGCAUAACGUAAUAGGAAAAAUUUAUACAAAUUAUAUAUAUAUUAUUCUGUUAAUAUUAUUAUAUGAUGUUCAAAAUGGGUUAACUCAACUAAAUCCAUAUUUUCAAUUCAUACCACAAAAUGAUAAUUUACAUACUAAAAUAUAUGAUUAUUCAAAAGGAUUUGAUGAAGAUCAUUUCACCUAUGAAUUACAAUAUCCGAUUCCAAUAUAUGAAACACUAAUUAAAAAAAUCAAUAUCCGUAAAAAUGGUCUCCUAGCACUAGAUAGCAUUUCUGAUGAUAAUUUGCCACCAAAUUAUCCUGUCAACACGAGUAUCACAAAUCAACGAUUACAAGAUUUUGAUGGACGAUAUUUAAGCAUUUUCAGUUCAGUGAAUGAUGGAAAACGUGGAAGAAUUAGUGUCACGGAAAUUGAUUUACUAUCACCUUCAAAACUACCAUGUGUAGAGAGAAUGCAAAUAGAUCGUCUAAUAAAGUUUAUACAUUUAUCAUAUAUCGAAGAAUCUGAAUUAAAAGCUCAGUAUAUUGUACAUAUACUGUGGGAAAACAUGACAAACGCUUACCUAAUCAACCAGAAAGCUAACACGUAUGGAAUGAUAAUAAUUUCUAAUGGAAUAUGUUCUUACGCUUUCAUGCAAUACAUAAAAAUUGAAUGGAAUGAAAAUGAUGUCGCAGAGAAUCUAGCUUUACCACCUGAAUCUGGUAUAUUUAUGAGACCUUUUGGAGGUUAUCAGUUGCCAAGAAGUUCUCAAGCUGUAGAACCAAAUAUAUGGUUAACUGAAACAAACAUAGCCCUACAUGGAGAAUGGCUUGUUCCUUUAUACAAAUCGGAAAAUAUAGCUAAAAUAAAUGUUAAGAAUUUAAGUGCAGUUGCCAGUGAAUUUGUUGCAUCUUUGACAAGUGUUUGUGAGGGUUCACUUCAUUCACGUAAAUCAAAUAACGAAACACCAUCUGAUACGGUCGUAAUUAAAAAUGUGAACAUUGACAAUACAUCAGAAGAGCCGAUUGCUAGAACACAGAGUUUUAAAAGAGCUUUGGAAAGCCUUGAAAAUUAUGACCUUAACGUCUCAGCAAAUGACUAUAGUUAUGGAAUGACCGAAAAUGUACCGAAAGCUGCAUGGAAUAUCCUAAGAGAUGAAACUGAAUUCUCAGGUGUUGAUCCAAUUGAUCAAAAUGAAAUGAAUAUUCUACCAGAGAAUGAAACUGCAAAUAACUUUUAUCAUGAGAGUAAUCAACGUGUUGUUGAUAAUGAAGAGUACACACCCACAGACACAAUUACCACACAAACUUACUAUCCUUUGGGUCGAUAUGAUGGAGAUGAGGAAAGGCAGGAGAUACAUGAACCUCUUAUUGUGCCAGUCACUAUACACCCGUUGGGUGAUGAAGAUGAUGGUGAAGAAGAUAUAAUCGAUAAUAAGGAAGAAUACAAAUCCGUGAAUGAAACGUUUUCAAACAGUUUGGUGAAAUGUGAUGCUGUUAGUGAAUGUAGUAGUCAUAACACAGAAUGCUAUCGAGUUGACAACGCUGCCUGCUGUGUAUGCAGUGAUGGAUUUUACGGUGCAGGAGAUGCCAAGUGUUGGUCCGAAGUCAAUGAUCAUAAAUUUUCUUUUUCUGGUUCCUUAACCACACGCUUUGGUAUUGAGAAUACCAGUUCACCUCUGCUUAUCUAUCUGGAUAUUCAACAUGGUUCACUAAGACGCAGUUCUAGCGGAAUCCGUGGUGGCCGAACAAACGACAGAAUAUAUUCAACUAUGCGUUUAAUUACACCUGUAUUCCAUAUUUUAAAUUCCAUGGUUUCUAGUCCUUGUGAAAAUAUUCCAAAACGUGAACGUGUUUAUAAUCUUUUCACGUUAGGAAAUGGAUUACAACGUCCUUUCAAGGUGUUAUUCCAGUUUGAUAUUGAAAGAGUUGGGAAAUUUACAAUUCAAGCCGUACUUGAGCUACACGAUUUCACAACAGGAGCAUAUGCCAAUGGUGUAAUACAAUUAGAGGCGUUCAGUACAGAAAGUUUAAACCUACUCGAUCAGUCUUAUAUAGAGGCAUACAGUGCUUCUGAUAAGCCAGAUAAGACGUAUUACGCCAAUUAUAAAAUUGAUGAUCAUGGCCGUGUUGUAUUUCCAGAGCAAACUGUUAAAUUUAUUGUUGAGCAUCGUGACUCAAACGAAAUAAGUAAUUUUCCUGAAGAAAUUAAUGUACACUGGUCUGCUGUUGCUGAGUCAGAAAGUUGCUUGCUCAAACAAGUCAGCUCUAUACCUAAGAAUAAAUCGUAUUAUAUUCGUCUCAAAGAUCGUGGUUACUGUAGUGAGGAUUGUUCAUCACCAGAUGGCACAUGUAAUUUAUUCUGUGUAGACGAACCUUUAUUAUUAGCUACAGAACCAAGUCCUUGUGACUGUGUAACGUGUGAUCGUCAUGGUGAAGUGUGUCGACCAGAGGGCGCGAGUUAUAGAUGUGAAUGUGGUCAGGGCUUGAAGUUAAUGCCUGACAACACAUGUCAAGCUACUUCAUUGGUAGAUGUAACUAACUAUCUCGGUGUACAGUGUGGUUCUGUCAAUUGUCAUACCCAUGCUCGUUGUAUUGAUCCAAAUCAAGCGUUUUGUCAAUGCUUACCUGGCUACAGAGGAGAUGGUGUUAGCCAUUGUGAAAGUGAUCCAUGUUCUAAAUGUCGUCGUAAUGAGAUUUGUGAAAAUGGUAUAUGUAUAGCAAGUGGUGUUGAUCUAUGCGAAGGGAUUCAGUGUGGAGAACAAGCGUUCUGUCAAGAUGGUGCUUGCGUUUGUACACCAGGUUAUACUGGCGACCCAGUUGUCAAAUGUUAUGAAGAAAGAGAUCGAUGUUUUCAAGUACGUUGUCAUCCAAAUGCACAAUGUUAUAAUAACGAAUGUCAUUGUGUAGAAGGUUUUCAAGGUGAUGGGUAUUAUGAUUGUAAGCCUGUCGUUUACGAUCCAUGCUCUGAAGUUAGGUGUCAUCCAUAUGCUAAAUGCAGAAAUGGUAACUGUGAGUGUCUACCUGACUAUUAUGGUGAUGGUUAUCAUGUUUGUAAACCACGUAAUUACGAUCCAUGUGAUUAUGUUCAAUGUCACCAGUAUGGAUAUUGUAUUAAUGGUAGCUGUCAGUGUCGCACUGGAUUCGAAGGAAAUGGUUACUACGACUGUCGCCGUAUUCAAGUAGAUCCUUGUUCUCAUGUACAAUGUCAUUAUGAUGCCACAUGUCACAAUGGUGUUUGUACAUGUAAAGAUGGUUAUAUUGGUGAUGGUUAUAGAGAGUGUAGACCUAGAGAAACCGAUUUAUGUCAUCACAUUCAAUGUCAUCCAUAUGCACAGUGUGAAAAUGGACAGUGUUAUUGUAUUGAAGGUUAUAUUGGUGACGGAUAUUACGAUUGUCAUGUAAGAGAUCCUUGCACUGGUGUAAAAUGUCAUCAAUAUGGAGAGUGCAUCAGUGGACGAUGUCAUUGUCUUAGAGGAUACGAAGGUGAUGGGUAUUAUGAUUGUAGGCAAACAGUUACUGAUCCAUGUUCAAAUGUUCAAUGUCAUCCUAAUGGUUAUUGUAAAAAUGGACGUUGUUUAUGUUUAAACGGUUAUGAAGGUGAUGGUUAUUAUGAAUGUCGUCCAGUUCAUAAUGAUCCUUGUAUAGGAGUACAGUGUCAUUCUAAAGCAGAAUGUCAAAAUGGUUACUGUCGUUGCCUGAAUGGCUACGAAGGGGAUGGUUUUCAUUAUUGUUAUGUAAUGCAAGAUGAUCCGUGUUCUAGUAUGAGGUGUCAUAUAAACGCUAAAUGCUUUGAUGGUGAAUGCCGAUGUUUGGACGGCUAUCAGGGAGAUGGAAAACAUUAUUGUGAUCCUAUUCAGCAGGACCAGUGUCAAAAUAUUCGUUGUCAUGAGUUUGCAAACUGUCAAAAUGGUAGAUGUCAAUGUAAUGCAGGUUAUGAAGGAGAUGGUUACUGGGAAUGUAAAUCCAUAAAAAGUGAUCCGUGUUCUAGUAUGAGGUGUCAUAUAAACGCUAAAUGCUUUGAUGGUGAAUGCCGAUGUUUGGACGGCUAUCAGGGAGAUGGAAAACAUUAUUGUGAUCCUAUUCAGCAGGACCAGUGUCAAAAUAUUCGUUGUCAUGAGUUUGCAAACUGUCAAAAUGGUAGAUGUCAAUGUAAUGCAGGUUAUGAAGGAGAUGGUUACUGGGAAUGUAAAUCCAUAAAAAGUGAUCCGUGUUCUAGUAUGAGGUGUCAUAUAAACGCUAAAUGCUUUGAUGGUGAAUGCCGAUGUUUGGACGGCUAUCAGGGAGAUGGAAAACAUUAUUGUGAUCCUAUUCAGCAGGACCAGUGUCAAAAUAUUCGUUGUCAUGAGUUUGCAAACUGUCAAAAUGGUAGAUGUCAAUGUAAUGCAGGUUAUGAAGGAGAUGGUUACUGGGAAUGUAAAUCCAUAAAAAGUGAUCCGUGUUCUAGUAUGAGGUGUCAUAUAAACGCUAAAUGCUUUGAUGGUGAAUGCCGAUGUUUGGACGGCUAUCAGGGAGAUGGAAAACAUUAUUGUGAUCCUAUUCAGCAGGACCAGUGUCAAAAUAUUCGUUGUCAUGAGUUUGCAAACUGUCAAAAUGGUAGAUGUCAAUGUAAUGCAGGUUAUGAAGGAGAUGGUUACUGGGAAUGUAAAUCCAUAAAAAGUGAUCCGUGUUCUAGUAUGAGAUGUCAUAUAAACGCUAAAUGCUUUGAUGGUGAAUGCCGAUGUUUGGACGGCUAUCAGGGAGAUGGAAAACAUUAUUGUGAUCCUAUUCAGCAGGACCAGUGUCAAAAUAUUCGUUGUCAUGAGUUUGCAAACUGUCAAAAUGGUAGAUGUCAAUGUAAUGCAGGUUAUGAAGGAGAUGGUUACUGGGAAUGUAAAUCCAUAAAAAGUGACCUUUGCAAAUAUGUUCGAUGUCAUGAAAAUGCAAAAUGCAAUGAACAAGGUAAAUGUCAGUGUCUUGAUGGUUAUUCGGGAGAUGGAUACUAUGAAUGUCAGAAAAGUUCACAAGAGUUAUGCGCUGGUGUUCAAUGUCAUCGUUUUGGUCAAUGUUAUGAAAAUCGAUGCUACUGUAGUCAUGGAUACGUUGGGGAUGGGGUUAACUUUUGUGAUGCACGUGCAAACGAUCCAUGUGAUGGCGUUCGUUGUGCUGCUAAUGGACGUUGCCAAGAUGGUCGAUGCGUAUGUGAUCCUGGUUAUACAGGAGAUGGCUACAAUGAAUGUCGAGAAGCUGAGGGUGUGAAAUUAUGUGGUAAUGUACAAUGUCAUCAAUAUGCUACAUGUGAUAGAGGACAGUGUCGUUGUGUUACUGGUUAUGAUGGUGAUGGUUAUUCAGAUUGCCGACCAGUUACAGAAGAUAAGUGCUCACGAAUGAGAUGUCAUCCAGAUGCUCAGUGUACUGAUGGUUACUGUUUCUGUCCUACUGGUUUCGAGGGAGACGGAUAUUAUGAGUGUAAACGAAUUACUCAAGAUCGCUGUGCAAAUGUUCGGUGUCAUGAAAAUGCUAAAUGUGACGACGGGUAUUGUCGUUGCAAAGAAGGUUUUGAGGGUGAUGGCUACAGUGAGUGUAGACGUAAAAGUGAAGAUAGAGAUCCAUGUGCACGUAUUCGCUGUCAUCCCCAAGCUCAGUGUGAGUAUGGGUUUUGCCGCUGUAAAAAUGGUUAUAAAGGUGAUGGCUAUUGGAAUUGUCAACCUAUACAAAGUGAUCUAUGUCGGGCAGAACAAUGCCAUCAGUUCGCUAGAUGUGUUGAAGGUCAAUGCCGCUGUUUGGAUGGAUACGAAGGAGAUGGCUAUCAGAUGUGUAAUAUAAUACCCGGAGCAACUUCAGCAGAUUGUGGUAAUUGCAAUGGUAUACCUUUCAAAGAAAUAGCUCAGUGUGUUGGUGGACGAUGUGUUUGUGCUCGUGGAUUUAUUGAAGUUCAGGCAGGUGUCUGUAUGGAAUGUGUGCAAGACAAUUGUCAUCAGGAUGCCGUCUGUCGACCGGAUGACAGAUUUAAUGGCGCCUAUUCAUGUCAUUGUAAAUCUGGUUUUACUGGAGAUGGAGUAUCUGUCUGCAAGCCUGAAAGUGUAGGUAGAGAAGAUGCCACAUCAUCACAAGCCAUUGAUCCUACGUGCGGUGGAGGCUGUAGGAUACGAAAUGCGGAAUGUGAUCGAUAUACUGGAACAUGUAAAUGUCGAUCAGGUUAUGAUGGAGAUGGAGAGAGGGGUUGCUACUGGAAUUGUAAGCUGUGUCAUCCGAGUGCUAUUUGUGAUCGUGAAAAUGAAAGAUGCAUUUGUCCAUCUGGUUAUCGUGGAGAUGGACAAACAUUUUGUGAACAAAUUCCAGUUAGGCAAGAUUCUAUAAAAGUUCGAAUAAUGGGAGAAGGAGAAGUAAUGCAUAUUACAGAUAUAUCUCAUCCGCUUGAAUUAAGAUGUUUCGUAACUGGAAGCGAUCAGUCAUAUUCCGGUCAGUGGAUUCAACCACAUUCUGCUCAAGAACCGAUAGUGACUAAAACUAGACAACAAGAUGGCUAUGAAAUUUCCCUGCGUAUAAAUCAACCUACAAUAACUGAUAGUGGAAGGUAUGAGUGCCGUGCAGGGAAUGUUGCUGCUUUCAUAGAUGUAAAUGUGGAAGAAUCAGCAAUUCCAUUCACUGUGCUACUUACAAGUGAUGAUGGAAUUUUAAUGACACAAUCUACCGAUUCAAAUGUAACCAAAGCUACUCUAUGGAAUAUUGCUGAAAAUAACAAAUAUGGACGUGUCUCCAUGGUUGGUGAUUGUAAUAGUCAACGAAUUAUAUAUACAUCUGAUUAUGGUCAUACUAUCCGAUGGGGUAAUUCAAACUCUGGACAAAAUAAAUUGGUGACAAAAGAAAUAUACACUUCACAAAUUAACCGAUUUCGCAAUUUGGCGGUAGAUUCAUUGUCUGGAAAUGUGUUUGCCUGGGAAGAGGCCUUUGGAAAAAUUAUGGUAUUCAAUCCAAAUAAACCAAAUAUUCAUUAUACACUUGAAAGUUUACAUAGCCUAACUUCAUCUGAACAACAGAAUUUCGCUGGGCUAGCUUUGCACUCCACAUUAGGUCUAAUGUACUGGGCAAUAUACACAGACGGUUGGAGACCGAAUGGUACAAUCCAAGUGGCUUCAAUGUCUGGUGAAAAUGAGGAGCAAUUAUUACAACUAACUGGUGAACCAUUGGCAAUUAGUAUAUCACCAGCAACGCCAGUUAAUGGUAAUUCCGCUGGAAAAUUAUGCUGGAUGCAAAGAUCUUCUAAAGGAAUGUUUGGAUUAGUCACGGAACUACAUUGUGCACGAUUAGGUCAAACAGGAAGAGAGAUAUUAACCAAUGAAAAGAUAAGAGAAUUUAGUCCUUCUGAAGAACCAUCUUUUGGUAUGACACAAUAUAAAGGAACAUUAUUGUGGACAGAUGCUUCAAAGACAGUCUAUUACUCUAUCAAUCCUGAUCGCCGAAUACGUGUCCGUUAUGUCUGUUGUUCGAAUCGUUUCCAAGCUAUAUCAGUAUUAGGUGAUUGUCCACAAGCUUCAACUAAUCCAUGCACUUAUUCUAAUGGACGAUGUCGUUAUAUAUGUUUACCAAAUGAUGGUGGUAGAUCACGUACAUGUGUAUGUCCUGAUAAUGAACCUGGAUGUCAUAAAGAAAUGUGAAAAAAUGUAUCAGUUAUAAUUUAAUAAAAUGAUAAAUUCAUUUUAUCCCAGUUCAUAUUUUUCAACUUUACAUUAACUUAAUUAUUUAUAUUACUGAUUUGUUAAAAGAAAAAAAUUAAAUUUUCCUUCAAUAAAAAUAUUGUUUUAUUUAGGAAAGCUUUAUUCUUGAAAUAUCAAUCUUUCUUUUUUUUUUGUAUUACAUUUUAAUUAUAUUUGCAUGUUGUAUUUUAUUUUACUUAUCUAUGUGAAUUUGAAGAGUUACAAUUGAAAUAGGUUAUAUAUUAUCUAAUUAAUCUCAUUCGUCAACCUAAAAACUGAUACACAUGAACUGAAUAAUUUUCAUAGAAUUAGUUUGUUUUUGUGUGUGUAUGUGUGUGUGUAAUAUUUAAACUUUGAUGUUACUAUAUCCCAAUAAAUUAUAUUCAAUACUGAA